GUGAGAGUUGAAAAUCAACAGUGAGAAUGGAGACACAAAAGAUCCUCGUCUUAAGUUGGGCUGUUGUGCUUAUUGCAUCUGUUAUCUGGUGUAAAACAACAGAUGCUAAAAACAUGAUGCCAUGCUGUACUUCAGUCUCCACAGCAGAGGUGACUGAUCCUAUCAUCAGUUUCAGGAUCCAGCGUGAAAGUCCUCCAUGUGUGAAGGCCAUCAUAUUUGAGACUGAAAGGGGUCUCAUCUGCUCUAAACCGAGACAACCAUGGGUGCGAAGGAAAGUUAUGGAGUUUUUAGCUCAAAGAAAUAGUCCAACUUCCCCACUGCCACCAUUAUCAUCCGCCACCAGUAAUGAGUAA